GUGGAGAGGGGGGGAAGAGGCGGGGGGAGGGGGUGGUGUCCCCGGCCGGUCCUGUCGGGGGGAGGGGGGGCGCGUUGCCCGGAGACGGAAAGUUUGGGAGCCGAGCCGGCUCGGCGGCGGCCCCGGGGUGCGGGGUGCAGGGGGCGGCGAGCCAGGGGAUGGGGAAGGAGCAGGAGCUGCUGGAGGCGGCCCGCACCGGGCACCUCCCGGCCGUGGAGAAGCUGCUGUCCGGGAAGCGGCUCUCCUCGGGCUUCGGGGGCGGCGGCGGCGGCGGCGGCUCCUCGGGGGGCAGCGGCGGCGGGAGCGGCGGCCUCGGCUCGUCCAGCCACCCGCUCUCCAGUCUGCUCAGCAUGUGGAGAGGACCAAAUGUGAACUGUGUUGACAGCACUGGCUACACACCCCUGCACCAUGCCGCUUUGAAUGGCCACAAGGAUGUGGUUGAGGUUCUUCUGAGGAAUGAUGCACUGACCAAUGUGGCUGACUCUAAAGGCUGUUACCCUCUGCACUUGGCAGCCUGGAAAGGAGAUGCCCAGAUAGUGCGGUUGCUCAUCCAUCAAGGGCCCUCGCACACCAGAGUCAAUGAACAGAACCACGACAAUGAGACAGCCCUGCACUGCGCAGCACAGUACGGCCACACGGAGGUGGUGAAGGUGCUGCUGGAGGAGCUCACGGAUCCUACCAUGCGCAACAACAAAUUUGAGACGCCCCUGGACCUGGCUGCGCUCUACGGGCGCUUGGAGGUGGUGAAGAUGCUCCUCAACGCACACCCCAACCUCCUGAGCUGCAACACUAAGAAGCACACCCCUCUGCACUUGGCAGCAAGGAACGGCCACAAAGCUGUGGUCCAGGUCCUCCUGGAUGCUGGCAUGGAUAGCAACUACCAGACGGAGAUGGGCAGUGCUUUGCAUGAGGCUGCUUUGUUUGGCAAGACCGAUGUGGUGCAAAUCCUGCUGGCUGCAGGAAUUGAUGUCAACAUAAAGGAUAACCGGGGACUGACUGCUCUAGACACUGUCCGGGAACUGCCUUCUCAAAAGAGCCAGCAGAUAGCAGCGCUUAUCCAAGAACACAUGACUGGAAAAAGAAGUGCAAAAGAGAUAGAUAAAACCCCCACAGCCCUGCCGCCUCUUAUCUCCAGUUUGGAUUCCAUGUCACAGAAGUCUCAAGGGGACCUGGAGAAAGCAGUGACUGAACUGAUCAUCGAUUUUGACACCAGUGCUGAAGAGGAGGGUCCCUACGAGGCACUGUACAAUGCUGUGUCCUGCCAUUCCUUGGACAGCAUGGCCAGUGGGCGAUCAUCCGACCGGGACUCCACGAACAAGGAGGCUGAGGCCCCAGGAGUGAGCACUGCUGCAGUGAGGCCUAGGGAGCGACCCCCGCCUCCAGCAAAGCCCCCACCUGAUGAAGAAGAGGAAGACAACCUGGAUAAGAAGUAUUUUACUUUGGCAGUUUCUGAGGUCCUGGCCGCGAGACCUAGGAUUCAGGGGAGUGGAGCCAGGGAAGAAGACGAGCACCCAUACGAGCUGUUGUUAACAGCGGAGACCAAGAAGCUGGUGUCAGUGGACAAUAAAGUCAAAGACCACAGGCAGAGCAGCAGCAGCCGGAGCCAGGACUCUGCAGAGGGGCGAGACGGGCAGGUCCCUGAGCAGUUCUCAGGUCUCCUCCACGGCUCCUCCCCGGUGUGUGAAGUGGGGCAGGACCCUUUCCAGCUGCUCUCUGCCACCAGCCAGAGCCAUCCAGACGGGUCCUCCCAACAAGGUGCUUGCCGCGAGGCUAGCAUGCAGCUGGAAGAGAUGGGCGUGCACACUCCUGGAGCCUCUCAGCCCAGCACCCUAGACCAGAGUGGGAGAGCGGGCUACCCAGCAGGUUUGCCUACCGCCACCAACAGCCGACUGCACCCCGGAACUCUGACUCACUCGGUGCCUCUGCACCCUGGCGGGGCCGAGGACGAAGGAGAGCGGAGCGGGGCCAGAAGCCGAGCCCCUCCCACCAGCAAACCCAAAGCUGAACUCAAACUCAGCCGCAGCUUGUCCAAGUCCGACUCUGAUCUCCUGACCUGCUCACCCACAGAGGACACCACAAUGGGGAGCCGGAGUGAGUCCUUGUCCAACUGCAGCAUCGGCAAGAAGAGGCUAGAGAAGUCACCCUCCUUUGCCUCGGAGUGGGACGAGAUUGAGAAGAUCAUGAGUUCUAUUGGCGAAGGGAUCGACUUUUCUCAGGAACAGCAGAAGAUCUCAGGUUCGCGGACGCUGGAGCAGAGCGUCGGGGAGUGGCUGGAGUCGAUCGGGCUGCAGCGGUAUGAGAGCAAACUGCUCUUGAAUGGCUUCGACGAUGUGCGCUUCCUGGGGUCCAACGUGAUGGAAGAGCAAGACCUGCGGGAAAUUGGCAUCAGUGACCCACAGCACCGGAGGAAGCUGCUCCAGGCCGCACGCUCUCUGCCCAAGGUGAAGGCCCUGGGCUGCGACGGGAGCAGCCCCCUGUCGGUGCCCUCCUGGCUGGACUCCCUGGGGCUGCAGGACUACGUGCACUCCUUCCUGUCCAGCGGCUACAGCUCCAUCGACACUGUGAAGAACCUCUGGGAGCUGGAGCUUGUCAAUGUCCUGAAGGUGCACCUGCUCGGCCAUCGCAAGCGCAUCAUUGCCUCCCUGGCAGACCGACCCUACGAGGAGCCGCCCCAGAAGCCACCAAGGUUUUCGCAGCUGAGGUGCCAAGACCUGCUCUCACAGACACCGUCCCCCCUGAGCCAGGACGACUCCUGCACUGGGCGUUCAGUGGACCUGCUGCUGCCUUCCGGGGACAUGGGCCAGAGGCGGCACGACAGCCUCCACGAGCCUGCAGCUCCUUCUCGCGCUGAGCGCUUCAGGAUCCAGGAGGAGCACCGCGAAGCCAAACUGACCCUGCGGCCCCCAAGCCUGGCCGCCCCCUACGCCCCCGUGCAGAGCUGGCAGCACCAGCCGGAGAAGCUCAUCUUUGAGUCCUGUGGUUACGAAGCCAAUUACCUGGGUUCCAUGCUCAUCAAAGAGCUGCGAGGGACAGAGUCCACACAAGACGCCUGUGCCAAGAUGCGGAAAUCCACCGAGCACAUGAAGAAGAUCCCCACCAUCAUCCUGUCCAUCACGUACAAGGGGGUCAAGUUCAUUGAUGCCUCCAACAAGAAUGUCAUCGCGGAGCACGAGAUCCGGAACAUCUCCUGUGCAGCCCAAGACCCCGAGGAUCUGUGCACCUUUGCCUACAUCACCAAGGACCUGCAGACCAGCCACCACUACUGCCACGUCUUCAGCACUGUGGAUGUGACUCUCACCUACGAGGUCAUCCUGACGCUGGGGCAGGCCUUCGAGGUGGCCUAUCAGCUGGCCCUGCAGGCCCAGAAGGCCAGGCCCGCGGUGGCCCCUGCAGCCGAGAUGGUUGAAACAAAAUCUUCCAAACCAGUGCCUAAGCCUCGGGUCGGCAUGAGGAAAUCCGCAGUGCCGUUGCCCCCUGAUAGUCGCUGUUGUCACUGUCACACCUGCACCACCCACCGUCCUUCCUACCUACCACGGCCGCCUCUCAGUCCUGGAGUCAAGCUGGACCCGCCUGAUGUGGACCAGGAGACUCCAUCCCACGCCAGUGUCUCAUGGGUUGUGGAUCCCAAACCAGACUCUAAACGGAGCCUCAGCACCAAGUACGAGACCACUAUCUACUAAACCAGCCCACCCCCUGUCUCCACUAGUCACUGUGCCUUGCUGCCCGGUCUCUGCUCGCUCCACUCUCCUCGCAGCUGCUGACGCCUCAGGCCCCACGGGGCCCGCUCUCCUGGGCAGCUGUUCCCAGCACUUACCCCCACCACGCACUGUGAAUUCUCCCCCUUGGGCUGAAGACAGC